AGCUCGCCCACCUGCGGGUAUGCCCUGCUUAAGCUUGUAGUCUUGUAUAAAGCGACAGGGUCGGCCGUCGGUGAUCGGAUGUGUUCAUUCAUCUAACCAACUCCCAUCAAUUUCUCCCAUCUCCUCCCGUCUCUUCUCCUGCCAAAUUUCCUUACCAUUGCCGUAAUCAUGUCGAGGCGCUACAACAGAGACGAGUACGACCAAUACGGGAAUCAACCGCAACAGCGACAGAGGUCUGGGGGGCCACUUGGACUGCUGGUCAAAGGCGUGGGCGCUGGAGUCGGCGUUGUCGCCGAGUACCGAGCGCAUCGCAAGGAGCAGAAGCUCUCCAGAGAAAACUCCGCUCAGAGCGACAGCGCCGAAGCUGGCCCAUCGAAUGCCCCUCCUCAACCCAUCUCGCGCUCCGUUGCCGACCCCGAUCUGCCUCCCCCGGACUACGCACAUGCAGUCAACCCGGCUGCCGAGCGGUCCAUUGGAUCGGGCGGGCCGGCUAUGUCAGACAAGAAAGCGGCGUGGAGUCAGUACGGUGAUGAGAAGCAUGGCGGCCACUAUGAUGACGACGAGGGUGACGACGAGGGUGAUGACGACGUCAGCUCUCUCGAAGGCGACGAGCAGGACUGGGAACUCGACGAGCUGCUCCGCAGCGACUCGGAUGCGGGUUUGCCCACCUACGACGAAUCAGAGGUGGCCAGCGGUAACACCGACGGCCUGGUCCGCGAGGUGGUCGAGAAGCGUUCACUGGCCCUGUCGACCACCCCUUCCCACCCAUUCGUCCGCCAACCGCUGCCGUGCCCCGUCAUCCUGCCCCAGCGCCGACCCGGCAGCAAAGAUCGCGGCUUUGUUCGCGCCUAUGCACCCCUCCUAGGCGAGUGCUGCGGCAUCGAUCAGGACACCUUCCUCUCCUUCCUCAAGAACUUUCACAAAUCCUCUCAGGCCUCUCCAGCAUUCGCCGUCGUGGCUAUUGCAACAGGCGUCCUGGGCCUCGUCCCCGAACCCAUAUGCCAAGCCAUCUCCAUUGCAGGCCAGGUCGCCGUGGGUACCGGCGAGGAAGUGCAGAAACGCGCUCGCACCAACAAUUUUCUCGACAAAAUGAACGAGCAACUCUUCAAGCCUGCGGGUCUUUACGCGCUGAUAGUAAAGUACAAAACCCAGGAUGAGGUCGACGCGGCAGGCGGCAAUUCUCUGCUCGCCCGCUUUGGUGUCAGUAGCGAAGUCGUCGAUCUCAACACCAACCACACCAUCGCCAAGUACGAUCGAACUCCUUCCUCGCAAUCGGGUUCCAUGCAAACUAUGAGUCGCCACAUGCAAAAACUUCGGGUGGCCUCCGGCACAACGCAAGGCGCCAUGCGCCUCCCAGAGUCGGCUCCUCUCGUCUGGCCCGACGUGGACAAAGCCAUCGCCAAGCAAGGACCGGAGACCUUCAAGGACAAGACCAAAGAUGCCAAGUACUUCCUUGCCGACUACUUGGAUCGCCGAGCACAGCUCAACUACGCUCGAAACGACCCAACCUCCUCUCUGAUCAUCCCUGAAUCGAAACGAAGCUUUCGGUCCAAGUGGGCAGAUCCUAACCACCCCAUGUUCACCGGCGGACCCAUUGGCUUGCUUUCAGGCGGCCUUCUGAACCCGAAUGCCAAUUCGGACGGCAGAGCCCCAUCUCGCAGGCAUGCAAGGAGACGAGACCUCAGGAGUCGGCGUAGUGGCCGCUACAUGGACGAUGAUGCCGACUACUAUGACUAUGAUUACGGAGAUAGAAGCGGCUAUGGAGGACGAAGGCGGCGCGAUGGGAGGCAACGAGGUGGCCUGAUAAGCGGACUGGUCGGCGGUGUGAUUGCUGCCACCCAGAACUCCCCAUCGAAUCGCCCGGCUGCCUCUAAUGACCCCGCUCCGCCUGCACCGUACGGCGAUUCCGGGGCCGGAAGACGCUCAUUUGACGAGCGUGAAAUGAUACAGCAGCAGCGAGAAGUGUACGACUCCUAUGGCAAAACGGCGGACUACAGUCAGUACGACAAUGCGCCGGCGCCAUAUGGCCGCUCCCGACAAGACUUUGGGCGAGGUGGGAGGGGUAGAGGUGGCCGUGGAGGCGGGGUUGGAGGGGUGAAGAGACUCAUGAAGAGUGAUGUGCUCUACCUCCAGAUCGUCAACCUGCCUUCGGAAGCGGAGCUGGCAGAGGCCAGACAGCAGUUGGCGAUGGCGAAACAGGGGCGAUGAACCAGCAAACAGUAGUUUUGUAGUCUGGGCUCGUGGUUGGUAGAAUUCAUCAAAAUUU